GGUUUAAAAAGAAACAGAAACAUACACAGGGGGUUGGUGAAUGGUGCCGACCGCGGCCAUCGCAGUUGGAGGCUAUUUUUUGGGGGGGUGAGUAGCGUCCAUGGAGUUACUUUGCGCCCACUCCUAGAGGCACCAGCUCUGGGAUGGAGGGCUGACCGUCUUCUCAGCAGGGGUGCGGGGCUUGGGGACGCCGCGGCCCGGUCGCCUCCCUCGCCACGACCCCGGAUGGAUGCGCGCCCCCCGCCCUCCCGCGCCGGCCCCAGGAGCUCCUGGCUUCGGGAGCAUCCUUCCCGCGCCGGCCCCCGCCGCGGCGCGUAGCCGAGGGCAGCGCCCCUCGGGAGGGCACCGCGGAGCAAGGGCCCCAAGCGAACACACCAACCCUCCGGGUCCUCUUGUCCUGUCUUCCUUGGGCGGGUUGGGACUCGCAGAGCGAUCCACUAAGCAGAUGGAAGAGAAGAGGCGAAAGUACUCCAUCAGCAGCGACAACUCCGAUACCACUGAUAGUCACGUGACAUCCACAUCCGCAUCAAGAUGUUCCAAACUGCCCAGCAGUACCAAGCCGGGCUGGCCUCGGCAGAACGAAAAGAAGCCCUCCGAGGUUUUCCGGACAGACUUGAUCACAGCCAUGAAGAUCCCAGAUUCGUACCAGCUCAGCCCGGAUGACUACUACAUCUUGGCGGACCCAUGGCGACAAGAAUGGGAGAAAGGUGUGCAGGUACCUGCCGGAGCGGAGGCCAUUCCAGAGCCUGUGGUGAGGCUCCUCCCACCACUGAAAGGUCCCCCUACACAGGUGUCCCCAGAUAGCCCCACACUUGGUGAGGGUGCCCACCCUGACUGGCCAGGAGGCAGCCGCUAUGACCUGGAUGAGAUCGAUGCCUAUUGGUUGGAACUCCUCAACUCAGAACUCAAGGAAAUGGAGAGGCCUGAGCUGGAUGAGCUAACGUUAGAGCGUGUUCUAGAAGAGCUAGAGACGUUGUGCCACCAGAACAUGGCACAGGCCAUUGAGACACAGGAGGGGCUGGGCAUCGAGUACGAUGAGGACGUGGUCUGUGACGUGUGCCGCUCCCCUGAAGGCGAGGAUGGCAAUGAGAUGGUCUUCUGUGACAAGUGCAACGUCUGUGUGCACCAGGCAUGCUACGGGAUUCUCAAGGUACCUACGGGCAGUUGGCUGUGCCGGACAUGUGCCCUGGGAGUCCAGCCCAAGUGCCUGCUCUGCCCCAAGCGAGGAGGAGCCUUGAAGCCUACCAGAAGUGGGACCAAGUGGGUACAUGUCAGCUGUGCCCUGUGGAUUCCUGAGGUCAGCAUCGGCUGUCCAGAGAAGAUGGAGCCCAUUACCAAGAUCUCACAUAUUCCAACCAGCCGCUGGGCCCUGUCCUGCAGCCUCUGCAAAGAGUGUACGGGCACCUGCAUCCAGUGUUCCAUGCCUUCCUGCAUCACAGCAUUCCACGUCACGUGCGCCUUCGACCGCGGCUUGGAAAUGCGGACUAUAUUAGCCGACAACGAUGAGGUCAAGUUCAAGUCACUCUGCCAGGAGCACAGUGACGGGGGCCCUCGGAACGAGCCUGCUUCUGAGCCUGCGGAGCCCAGCCAGGCCAUCGAGGACCUGGAGAAGGUGACCCUACGCAAGCAGCGGCUGCAGCAGCUAGAGGAAAACUUCUAUGAGCUGGUGGAGCCGGCUGAGGUGGCCGAACGGCUGGACCUGGCGGAAGCACUGGUCGACUUCAUCUACCAGUACUGGAAGCUGAAGAGGAGGGCCAAUGCUAACCAGCCGCUGCUGACGCCCAAGACCGAUGAGGUGGACAACCUGGCCCAGCAGGAGCAGGAUGUCCUCUAUCGCCGCCUGAAGCUUUUCACCCACCUGCGGCAGGACCUGGAGAGGGUUAGGAACCUGUGCUACAUGGUGACAAGGCGCGAGAGAACGAAGCAUUCCAUCUGUAAGCUCCAGGAGCAGAUCUUCCACCUGCAGAUGAAACUUAUGGAGCAAGAUCUGUGUCGAGAGUCUUCUGGGAGGAGAGCAAAGGGCAAGAAGAAUGACUCGAAGAGGAAAGGCCGAGAGGGCCCCAAGGGUAGCAGCCCUGAGAAGAAAGAGAAAAUAAAGGCCGUGCCAGAGUCUGUGCUGGGGCAGCUGGGUCUGUCCACCUCGUUCCCCAUCGACGGCACUUUCUUCAAUAGCUGGUUGGCCCAGUCAGUGCAGAUCACAGCAGAGGACAUGGCCAUGAGUGAGUGGUCUUUGAACAGUGGGCACCGGGAGGAUCCUGCUUCGGGUCUGCUGUCAGAGGAGUUGCUACAGGAUGAGGAGACGCUACUCAGCUUCAUGAGGGACCCCUCGUUGCGGCCCGGUGACCCUGCCAGGAAGGCCCGAGGCCGCACUCGCCUGCCUGCCAAAAAGAAACCACCCCCACUUCAGGAUGGGCCCAGUGCACGGACCACUCCAGACAAGCCACCCAAGAAGCCCUGGGCCCAGGAUGCUGGCAGUGGCAAGGGCAUGCAUGGACCACCCACCAGGAAGCCACCACGGAGGACGUCUUCUCAUUUGCCGUCCAGCCCCGCGGCUGGGGACUGUCCUGUCCCAGCAGCACUGGAAAGCCCCCCACCGCUGGCCUCCGACACCCCAGACGAGACAGCCCUCAUGGCUUCCGACUUGAAUGUCCAAGUGCCUGGCCCUACGGUGAGCCCCAAGCCCUUGGGCAGGCUCCGGCCACCCCGAGAGAUCAAGGUCAGUCGGAAGUCUCCGGGUGCUAGGUCUGAUGCUGGGACAGGACUGCCGUCCACUGUGGCCGAGAGGCCAAAGGUCAGCCUGCACUUUGACACGGAGGCUGAUGGCUACUUCUCUGAUGAGGAGAUGAGCGACUCUGACGUAGAAGCAGAGGACAGCGGGCUACAGCGGGCUUCCAGGGAGGCAGGGGCAGAGGAGGUAGUUCGCAUGGGGGUACUGGCCUCCUAACUCACCGGGGCCCUGCCCUGGUCUCCCACAGGGCCUCAGCCCAAUCACAACUGCCAUUUCCAACUGCUGAGUGUCCCAGACCCACCACUCUGUCGUGGUUUUAUUUUUAAUAUAGAGAGAGUUGUGAAUUCCACUCCGUUGUCUUUCCUCUGUGCUGGCCUAGGACGUUAGGAUUCCUCCCGUGGCCCUGGCCAGGGACUGCGCCAGGUUCCAUGUGCCACCCUGUCCCAGCCCACACAACAUCGCCGGGCUUCUGGCUUGAUGUAGACAAGG